GGAACAAUAAACAGAAUGAGUGAACAUAACUAAAUGAUGUUGCCUAUUGCAUUUUGCAGGACAUAACACAGCAUGCUGCUUUCGAGCGUGACUCUCCAAAAAUAGCAAGACUUUCCUCAGUGAAACUAUAAUGGCGCUAUCAAAUGCCAACGCAAAUUUCCUGAGAGAGCAUGGUUUGAUUGCUGAGUUAGGUAGACCAUUGCAUGAUUUUUAUUUUGGAAUAAUUAGCAAAAUAUCAGGCGGAGAUGCUAGGGGAAAAACAUCAGAUAUUCAGCGUGAACCAGAAUUCAAUUUGUUCUUUUGUGCAUUUAAGCCAGAGUUUUUGAAUCAAAACCAAUCAACAUUGUACGAACCAGAGAGGAUACGACAGGAAUGUUUGAAUAGAAGUAAAAAACAUCGUACUGGUCCUUGUCGGCGAGAUCUCUACGCAACAGCCGAACUUCUGCAACAAGCGAUCCAUCUGUUCCAUAUCAGAGAGGACGUAUUGAAAAGGGAAAUCUUCUUACCACCUUUUUGCAACUUCACUCCAGAUAAUGAUAGAAUAAUCAGGAUACUGAUACUUUCGGAAGGCGGCAAAGACGUAUUUUAUCAGCUGAAACAAAUAAACCGGCAGGAAAACAGAAGAAGGGCAGCAAAUACGAACCAGUGCGAUUGCAAUAAAUUCCAUGCCAAACUUGUUGAACCUCCUGUCCCGAUGAGUGCAGGAGAACCUUCUGUCGACCAGUUGAUAGCAGACCAUUGGGUCUUUAGUCCACCUACAGCAAAUUGUUCGAGUUUGUAUCGAUGCUUAAGUAAAGCAAUAUAUGGUGACGAGAGUUUGUUUCCACUGAUAAGGAAUCUUAUCUUGAAAUUUGAGCAGCAGGAAGAUUUUCUUCCGGUUUUUCAAACAUUCAUCACUGAACCAAGGGGACACGAAUCGGCAGAUAUCAAUACAAGAACCAAGAAUCACUUCACUCAGCUUAGUAACGGUUCGAAAAAUCCAGGUACAGGUGAAGUUUAUGCUGCGUCUUCCCUGUUUUGUACCGACAUAUAUAUCUGGACUGAGAACGGGGGGAAAUGGAGUGUGUACCAUCCUCUCUUACUGCCGACAAGAACUCGUCAUCAUUUCCUCACGAUGGCUAAAUGUGAUAACGACGAGUUUAAUCUCCUCGUUCCAGGGACUGUUCCAUGUAACUGCCAGCUCGCAAGGCCACCAGUUGAAUCACUCAAAGAUGAACGAAAAAGACUGGAGUCGUUAGCUUGGGGCAUAACAGCAUUUAAAGCCUGUUGUAAAGGGCAGAGGAGGCAUGGCCCACACGCACAUUUGCAGUUUCUCGCCAGUUCUCCAAAUCAACAGGAUCCGGACGCAAGAAGACACACAACUGCAAGUCAUACCGAUUAUGUCGAUGAACUUUUGAAACUGAAAGGUAGGCGUUUGGAUAGAGUCAGCUAUGUUGGUGGUACAUUUCAGCAGUGCAUAUACGAAGAAAUAUAUGGUACUGAUGAAAUGGUAACAACGACACAAUUUCCGGUACCAAGCGGUGAUCCAAAUGACGAGGAAAUCAGGAGUACUGCUAACUGGCUCAAACGACCCAUCUACAUAUUCACUAAAAACAGGCAGAACGAGGCACACAAGUGGAAAGCAUUCCUACCAACGCCAGUAUCAAACAGAUGUCGGUAUUACGUCACCCUUUACAAAGAUCCCGAGACCAAACGGUACGACAGAGUGAUCCCUAUCAAUGGCUGCAACUGUUCCAAGUUUCCUCCAAUUGAGGUCAGAAUUCCAACAGAACAUGGUGGACGUCGCGAGAUUAAAAAGGUCAAGCGUCACAAUCCUAUGCUGGAAUAUUUUCUUGAUGAGAACAUAGAAGCAAACAUGUUAACGGACGAAAACAUAUAUCCCGCUGAAGACAUGAAUCCUCCAGUAAACAGUGUACGGUCAGAUAUCUACCAUGUACAACAACGUGACGAUAUGACUGACAGAAUGGUUGACACUAUGGAUGGCAAAACUUCUCUCUUUGCAUGUUUGAGUAAGGAUAUCUUUGGAAAUAGUGAAAAGGAUAACUUCAUAGCAAACUUGCUUCUUAAGGAAAUUCGUGAAAACGGAAAAACGUACUCGGUCCUUUACUCUGGAUCCGGAAAAGCAAACGAACAAGCAGACUCGCUUGGUUCUCUACAGGGAUUUGGUGAAAUAGAUUUACUGGCUGCUGCCACCUUUUUCCAAACAAGGAUCCUAGUAUUGCUCGUUGCACCAGACGGCACAAGCAGGUGGAAAGAAUUCACCCAAAUGAGACGAAAACGUCGACCACAAAAACUACCACAAUUGCAGAGUACUUGCUCAAAAGGAGCCACAGAUACAAACUGUGUAACUCUACUACGAAACGCAUACGGGGAGUUCUACCGGAUUGUGCCAAAAGAUAACGUCUGCAACUGUCAAAUGAAACAAAUUCGUGUCCCGGGAAAGACGAAUGGAUCGUUAAGAGAUGGCUGUACCGCAAGUGUAGGCGGGUUCGGUGACGUUGCUACAGAAAUCCCGAAAAUUUGGGCAGAAAAGAGAAAAGAGGCCAUUCUGAAGUACCGCUCUUUGGAUUUUGACCUAGGACAAGUGUACUGUGAUAUCUACAAUCUUUACCGGAUUGUGGCAUUUCAGCUCGGGGUACACGAAGCAAUCAUCCGAAUUUUUGAAAGUCGACGAAGAGGAACAGAUAUAACAACCAUUACUGGAUCUGCCGUAUCUGGGGUUGGCACCGCGAUAUUGGUCGGCGGUGUGGCAUUCGCGGGAGCAACAGGAGGGGGAUCAGUUGCAGUUGCCGGAAUGAUUGUGUCCGUGUUGGGUGCAACAAGCGUAGCUGGAGGAACGUUGAUAGAAGGGUUUCUUUCAGCAAAGGAUCUUGGUAAUUUGAUUAAGAUCCAAAACCUCCUGAAAGUAACGUCAGAAAAUUUAGUUGCUUCUGUAAAAAAAAUCAAAAGAAACAUACCAAGAAUUGACGGCGUAUUCAGAGAUGAAAGAGAAAUUCUUGGGAAUGUCAACCAUGACAACCUCGAUAGAUUUGGAAAUUUUCAAAUUAUUACUGGGGUGUGCAUACUGGAAGAAACAUGCCAAGCUGUAUCAACAGUACUGUCUCGAUUGGCACUGAGAACCUCUACGGUCAUACUUGGAAGGUUGUUGGCAGGAUUCUCACUUGUCCUUGACGGUGUUUUGAUAGCACUGGCUGCCCGGAGUUUGAACAAAGGAAGCAAAACAGAAACCUCCGAAACACUAGGGAAAAACGCGUACCAACUGAGAGCAUUGAAAUCGAUUCUUAAAACAUAUAUUCACAAAGCAGACCAGUAGAAUCUGUUCACAGGCUCGGACAUAUAUUGCGACAUGAUCUCGAGGAAUUUAUAAAUCAACACGGGAUAUUUGAACACCUAGACCAUUUAACACACGGAACUUUGAACACUUGAAACCUUUGACCUUUGACAUUGCAUUAGCAUAAUGCUAUUCAAGUUGAAUUUUGGUGGAAACUGCCUACGAAAAUGAAUGCUGCCACUUAGCUUUUGAACUUCGCGUUUCGACAGAUUAAAGACAAAAGUGAUAAAUUCCGUGCAGUGGAUUCAAAAUUACAAAAACUUGAUAAGUCUGUGUUGCAUAUAUACAUGUAGAUAGAUAAGUGGUAAAAUUAUCUACAUUUCCUUAUCUAUCUACAUGAUGAUACAGAUAUCGUGGCAGGAAACAUUACAGAUAAUGCUGAAAUGAACAUAAGGCAUAAAGAUCUAGAAUAACUAAUAACGAACUGAACAUAACAGAUAAUAAUCUAGACAGAGUGAACUCUGUAUAACAAUUAAUAAUCAAGUGAGCAUAACAGACAAUAAUUUAGCGACCUUAAAUAUUUAUUGUCUAUUUAAGCUGGU